AUGAGUAGUGGUAAUUCAAUUUAUGGCGGUCAGAAUUUCGAUAGCGGCUGCAAUUAUAUGAAAAAGGUUCCAGAAGUAGGAAAUUGGAAUGAGGAGGAUAUACAGAAGGUCCAUCUUCCCUCAGUAGUCAAUAGCGUUAGAACCGGUGAAAUACCACAAGAAUCACGUUAUAUACCUCCUCAUAUGCGCCAUACGAAUGCACCUGAAACAAUACUGGAAGGAGUUGCAACGCAAGAUACUUGGACAAGAACACAACAACAACAGCAGCAGCACCAGGUGAAUCGUAAUGCACCGAAUUCGAAUCUCUAUGAUCAUCGUGGUGCAAUACGAAAAAGUCAGAGUUUUGCUGGCAUCCAACCGCAGCAGUCUGAUUACAAUAAUCAAACGUGGUCGGGUGGAGGAUAUGAUUAUCAACCAUCGAUGGGUGGAAGACCAGGACGUGGACGUGCUGGUUUUGGACCUGCAGUUGGCUUUAGAGCUGGUACUGGUACUUAUAACCGCGGUAGAGGUGCAAACCGCGAUGCAGGUGGUGAUUUUGGUGUCAGUCGAGGUAUUGGUGGACCUCGACCAAAUUAUUCUGGUCGUUAUUCCUAUGAUAGGAGAACUUUACAUGAUGAGCAACAAUGGGGUUCGCAGCAUCAAAGAUCUGCUUUCCUUAAUCAUGAGCAUAUAGAAACUGUUCAAGACAAUUCGCGUUGGGCUGCACUUCGUGAUCCAAUUCCUGAGCGACAACAAAAAUGGACCGAGCAGCUUCCGCGUGAUGAACGCUUAGAAUCAGAAUUGUUUGCGGGAAUGAAUUCUGGAAUCAAUUUCGAUAAAUACGAAGAAAUCCCAGUUGAAGCAACUGGUCAAGAUUGUCCACAUCCCAUUUCUCUGUUCGCUGAUCUAAAGCUUCAUCCGUGGAUAGAGGAAAAUAUUCGUUUGUCAGGAUAUUGCCGACCAACUCCUGUGCAGAAAUAUUCAAUUCCAACUUUAAUGAAUAAUCGCGAUUUAAUGUCGUGUGCACAGACUGGUUCUGGUAAAACAGCUGCAUUUUUGGUUCCUCUUCUUAAUAAUAUUCUGCAAAAUGGACCUGAGGCUCUCUAUCGCUCUACGACACAACAAAAUGGUCGUCGAAAGCAGUAUCCAUCUGCGUUGAUCCUUUCUCCUACUCGAGAAUUAUCGUUACAAAUUUAUAAUGAGUCCAGAAAAUUCGCUUAUCGUACUCCUAUCACUUCUGCUCUUUUAUAUGGUGGGCGCGAAAAUUAUCGUGAACAAAUUAACAAACUUCGUCUUGGUGUACAUAUUUUAAUUGCUACUCCUGGACGUCUGAUUGAUGUCAUGGAACAGGGUUACAUUGGGCUUGAUGGUUGUCGUUUUCUCGUUCUUGACGAAGCAGACCGAAUGCUUGAUAUGGGUUUUGAGCCACAGAUAAGACAAAUAGUGGAUCUAUCGCGGAUGCCUAAAAAAGGGACGCGUGUAACAGCGAUGUUUUCUGCAACAUUUCCCAAAGAAAUCCAGAUGUUGGCGCAAGAUUUCCUUAUGCCCAAUUAUGUUUUCUUAGCAGUUGGUCGUGUUGGUUCGACUUCUGAAAACAUUAUGCAAAAAAUAGUUUGGGUUGAGGACAACGAGAAGAAAAGUUUCCUUAUGGAUCUUCUUGAUGCCGGAGAUAAGAAUGCUUUAACACUAGUCUUUGUGGAAACAAAAAGAGGUGCUAGUGAUUUAGCCUAUUAUCUUCAUAAUGACGGUUAUAAUGUCGUCGCUAUUCACGGUGAUUUGAAACAGUUUGAGCGUGAAAAACAUCUAGAGACUUUUCGCUCUGGAAUCGCUCCAAUACUCGUUGCAACAGCGGUGGCAGCGCGAGGGCUGGAUAUACCAAAUGUUAAACAUGUUAUCAAUUACGAUCUUCCUUCCGAUAUCGAUGAAUAUGUGCAUAGAAUCGGGCGCACAGGUCGUGUUGGAAAUGUUGGCCUUGCAACUUCAUUUUUUAACGAUAAAAAUCGAAAUAUUUCGCGAGAUCUUGCUGAACUGAUCGUUGAAGCCAAUCAAGAACUUCCUGAGUGGCUUGAAAAACUUUCAAUGGAUGCCCAGAGAUGUGGAACUAGACCCGGGCGACCUAAAGCUGGAAGUCGUUUUGGCGGUCGUGAUCAUCGAGUGCAAUAUUCUGGAAAUUCAAAUACUUCUGGAGGACAAUAUCGGCAAUGUGCUGGGUCAUACGGCCAAUCAAAUAAUCAGUGGAAUCAGCAGCAGCGAACGGUCCGAGCACCACCUCAGCAAGAUUGGUGGGGAAAUUAA